AGCCCGCAGCCCUUCGCAAGGACACCGCGGAGGGGGCACAUCCGCGCUCCCACUUCCUCCCGACACAGCCUGUGAUUGGCUCGCAGCCUUAAGAGGAACACGUGAAGCAGCAGCUGAGGCCGGCAGAAACUUACCGGCCGUCUCCGGGUAGCAUCGCACCGUACCGCGGUCAUCUCCGGACAGCCCGGCCUGGGGACAAUGAGGUCGUCGUGCGUCCUACUGGCCGCGCUGCUGGCGCUGGCCGCCUACUACGUGUACAUCCCACUGCCCGGCGCGGUGUCCGACCCUUGGAAACUGAUGCUGCUGGACGCCACUUUCCGCGGCGCGCAGCAAGUGAGUAACCUGAUCCACUCCCUGGGGCUGAGCCACCACCUGGUCGCGCUCAAUUUCAUCAUCGUUUCUUUUGGGAAGAAAAGCGCAAGGUCUUCCCCCAAAGUGAAGGUGACCGACACUGACUUUGAUGGGGUGGAAGUCAGAGUGUUUGAAGGCUCUCCAAAACCCGACGAGCAGCUGCGGCGAAGCGUGGUCUAUAUCCACGGAGGAGGCUGGGCCCUGGCGAGUGCAAAAAUCAGCUACUACGACCAGCUGUGCGCAACACUGGCGGAGGAGCUGAACGCCGUCAUCGUUUCCAUCGAAUACAGGCUCGUUCCACAGGUCUACUUUCCUGAGCAAAUUUACGACGUCAUCCGUGCCACAAGAUACUUCCUGCAGCCAGAAGUCUUAGACAAGUACAAGGUGGACCCUGGGAGAGUCGGUGUCUCUGGAGACAGCGCUGGCGGGAACUUGGCGGCCGCCCUUGGACAGCAGUUUACAUAUGUGGCCAACCUAAAAAAUAAGCUCAAACUGCAGGCUUUAAUCUACCCAGUCCUCCAGGCUUUGGAUUUCAACACACCCUCUUACCAGCAGAACAUGAACACUCCAAUCCUGCCGCGCCAUGUCAUGGUGAAGUACUGGCUGGACUACUUCAAAGGCAACUAUGACUUUGUGCAGGGGAUGAUUGUGAACAAUCACACUUCGCUGGAUGUGGAAGGGGCCGCAGCCCUCAGGGCCCGUCUCAACUGGACGUCCCUGUUACCCUCAUCCAUCAAAAAGAGCUACAAGCCUGUCAUGCAGACCACAGGUGACGCCAGGAUCGUCCAGGAGAUCCCUCAACUGCUGGAUGCUGCUUCUUCCCCGCUCAUCGCAGAGCAGGAAGUGCUUCAGGCGCUCCCCAAGACCUACAUCCUCACCUGCGAGCAUGACGUCCUGCGGGAUGACGGCAUCAUGUAUGCCAAGCGCUUGGAGAGUGCGGGCGUGAAUGUGACCUUGGACCACUUUGAGGAUGGCUUUCAUGGGUGUAUGAUUUUCACAAGCUGGCCGACCAACUUCUCCGUGGGAAUCCGGACUAGGAAUAGUUACAUCAAAUGGCUGGAUGAGAACCUGUGACAGAGUGGACUCCACACGUGCACGAAGCUCUUGACCGCCUCCGUUUGCUUUGGAAAGACCCGCUCUUUUCAAUCAUCCGAGCCUUUCUCCUGUUUCUCAUGAAUAUUGGAAUCUGUACCCUGCAGACCUGAUAAUCUACAUUUUGAAAGUGAUUCUAACUGACUAGUUUAAAAACAUCUGAACUUGGUGCCCCCAGUGGGCCAUUUCCUCUGUUCUUUCUUGUAGCCCACGUGGUAUGAAUGGUCACAAUUUGAGGAGCUAGAAGUAGCCCUAGGUCCGGCCUCUAUUGUAUUCUUUCCACAAGAAGUCUUUCCAGCAGUGGGUGAGGUAGUAACUUCUGAGGAACUGAAAAACGUGGGCUUUUCUUCAGUUCCCUCACUUGACUUGGCAUGCAGAGCAGGGUCUAGGGGACACUCUGAGGCCAGCACCGGGGACUGCAUGUCCUCUGCCUCCAACAGUGGUUGUGUUUACUGUGGGAAUUUUGACAGGAUUUCUAGCAAAACAGACUUCUUCUCAAAAGCUUUUCUUCCCUAAGAGUGUUGAUUUUAUGAGCAAGAUGCUGUAAAUAAGGGUGGGCUAAAAGAAGACUUGAAAGUUACUUUCUACUCCUAUUCUAAGAAAAUGAGAGGCUGCAUGUUCUAAUAUUUCCCUGGGAACAUCUUUUGUAAACAAACUUAUUUAAAUGUAGAGUAAGUUUCAUACUAUGAAAUAAGUAAAGAUAGAAAAAUGAAACAGCCUAUUGUUACUUAGGAAUACUCCUGGCAUAAAUUACUAAGACUGGUGUGUAUAUAUUUGGGAUAGUGAGGAAAUAAAUUAUGCUUAAUAAUACCUUAAAAUUAUGAGAAGUAUCUUUAGAAGGUCUAGUCCAUUUUUGGAAGAAGGGCUAGUCCAUUCUUGAAAACUCAAUUUUUCACUUUUAGCUAAAAAUUAGACAAUUUUGGUAUAGUGUAUUGUUUAUUUUUUAAGUUAUUUAAUGUUAAUAUAUAUAGCUAAACAGGAUUUUUCUGAAAGACAUCUAUUAUAAAAAAUUUAAGAUAAAAGGUAUUUUUUAAAAGAAAACUACCAUAGAGUUAUAUCCACAUGUAAUUUUGUGAGGAGCUAGACAGUAAUAGUAGUAAGGAUCAAAUACUUCGAUAUUUAUGUGUAUAUGUAAAUUAAAAUAAUUAGAAACUUUUUACCUAGUAUAGACAUCCAAGUAAUGCUGGCUGACCAUCCUAAUCCAAAAUCUGAACUAUCCCAAAAUCCAGAAUUUUGAGUCUGGUCUGAUGGCACAAAUGGAAAAUUCCAGACCAUGGAAGUUUAUUUUGUGUAUAAAAAUGAUUAAACCUAUUGUGUGAAGUUACCCUCAGGCUAUGCAGAUAAGGUGUAUAAAAAGCACAAAUGAAUGUCUCAGUGAGAUUUGGGUCCCAUUCUCAAGAUAUUUUGUUUUAUAUAUAUGCAAAUAUCCCACAGUCUAAAAAAAUUAAAACUCUGGAAACACUCUAGCCCCAAGCUUUUCAGAUGAGGGAUACCCAACUUGUGAUUUAAUUGCUUAGAUAAGACAGACACACAUGCUUCUCUCUGCCCAUGAUGGUCAAGGGAACCCUCUUGGGAGUCCCUUCAGGUGAAGGGCAGACGCCGCACUGCCCCCUCCUGAGUUUCUGCAGUUAGGUCUAGGAGUUCCAACUGCCCAGCCUUGCCUUCGAAACAGUCUUCACUGCCAGUGUGCACAUCUUGGGCAGAGUAAGGGAUCCCAGGUUAGAUCUAAGUUGAACACCCUGCUUCCUGUCAACCCAGCUUCUGCUCGCAAUCCAUGUUACAGUUAGGGACUGUACAGAGAACACCCAACCAAGUCAUGAUCCAGUGCAUCAUGAAAAGAGAGCCUUUCCACUCCAUGAGGAAUGGAUGUUUCCUGUUUCCAGCAACGAGAUCACAAAUGGAAACUUCCACACUGACUUCUCAAUUAUCGUCAAAGCUACUGGCAUCUUUAUAGUAAAACAAAUGUAACAGUGUGUGUGCAUUUGUGUGUUCUGUGUGUGUAUGAAAAGGUCGUAUAGACGACCUUGCUGAAUUUGCUCAAGUUACUGUCACUGGUUUCUUUUGUCUAAAAUCUGAGAGCAGAGUUGCCUGAUCUUUGAGAUCACUUCUAACAUCAGUCUUUUCUACGGUAAUUUUUGAUAGGUCAUAUUCUGAAUAUGCCAACAUACUCAUCUCUAAACACUGAUUUUACUUACAAAACAGAUUUUUAAAAAUUGGCUACAUAGCAUUAAUGCCUCCACAGGGUUACUAUGGUUUGUAUUUAGGAUAUAAAUUGAUGCCCAUCUUUAACUGAGGUUAUGGGGGGAAAUCACAGGGUGUUUUUGAAACCUGAGAUUUUAGUUAUUAUUUGAGUGAUAGCCAUCUUCUCAAGGUGCUGGGCACGGAACCCAGGGCCUUACAUGCUUGGCAAGUGCUUUACCCCUGAGCUAUUACUGUUUUCUUCUACAUCAUUUAAAAGUGUGAAAUAUAUUUUGACUUUACCUGUAAGAAAGAGGAAAAUGUGAUAUGUUCACAGAGUUUCUUAAAAUGGCAUUUCCUACCCAAACUAUGAGCCAAAUCCUGCAGAAAUCACACAAUAAGUGUUGGCAGAUGUCUGAAGAGCUCUCAAAGAUGAAAAGGGAAUGAAGGACAAAGGGACCACCCACUGUAUCUGAUGGACUACCUGGGGUUUUAUUCUUACAAGUAUGUUGUGCUCCACAAGCUGAUCUCUUUUCAGUAUAAGAUAGCUUGGUUUUGUUCUCCUGUUUUAUGAAAAGGUUACACUUUGGAAUACUAAGAUCUUUGAAAUCAGAACAUUAACAAAUGAAGGAAAUCUCGAGGUGCUGCAGAGUGUAAUGAAGUACGAUUUAUCUUGGUGUUUUCAUGUUCAUUUGUGAGCACUGGAAGACUUGCACAAUGAUGGUGAAUGGAAUGUUUUGUGCAAGACCUUUUAACUUUUGACUUUUUGCCAAUUUCCCUCUGCAAAGGGGAAGGCAGAUUUUAUGAAAAGUUUUAGGAACAAAUACAUUUUAUGGACUGAAAAUCCAUUAUGGAACUGGGAAAGUUUAUUUAUGUUUGGAAUCUUGUUUGGAAAUAAAACGGGUCCAUCUGGAAGCAUG